AUGUCUGCUACCGGUGAGAAUUCUUGUCCAAAUUUCUUGGUCUUCUCCAUGGCUCGCAGAUCUGUUUGGAUGGAUGUGUUCUCGAACUGCUCGCCGCGAGUUGCUUUGGUUUUGACCGCGACUUCCUCUCCCCUAUGGAUGAUACCUUCUCUGGCAAUGACGGAGCCUCCAGAUCCGCCUAUUCCACCGGAUCCGCCGCCUCUCUCUUGUGGAAUUACCAUCGACUUACCUCUGCAUCGUCGUACCCUGUUACUGAGCUCGUUAAAAUCAGUUUCCUCCACAUCGAGCUUGGAGAGACCACUUCCCGUUCACUGUGCUCUAAUACCAGUCUCGCCGGAAAAAGUUUGGGCUCCAAGGAGAUAUCUUUAUUCAUAUCUCAUAACUCCAAAGAAUCUAUCUAAUAUUGAGUUAAUGUUUUCUGGAUUCAAAAAUCUUGCAUCUUCUACAAUUUGGCUAAGGUCUGAUUUAUUAAGUCUCUAUGCCAUGUCUUUAACCAUACUUUCAAGCUACGUUGAUGUUCGAUAUGGCUUAGGUUUCAUGUCUAGUUUUGAUUCGACUCUUCUAGUGUGGUUUUGCUCUCAAUGGACUCGUUUCCGAUUGAGUAAAUCGUUUGCAUCAUCCUCCUCUCUUGAGGAGAGAAUCUUACCUCCAUCUUUCCUCUCAAGGAGAGGUGAUCGGUUUUCGGUAUCGAAACCAAAAAAUUUCUCCUCCUUUAUGGAGCGAGAUUUGCUAAGCUCUAUGCUAAUGGCUUUGGUCGGGCGAGCUAUGUAUGACCAUGAUAUGGUCGUGGGUUUAAAGAAAGUUGAUUUCAAGUCUGCCUCUCUCCAAAAUUCAGCAAGUCGAAGUCUCAUGGUCUGGGAUUUGGUUGUUGAUAUCUUGUUGGUUGGAUGUGUAUUGUCUGAAGCUUCGGACAAAGUUUCCAGAGUCUCGAACGUGAUUUUGGGUUCUUACGACUUUGGCUCCCUACUUAUCUCAAAAAAUGGUACAACCAAGUCUUGUAUCUCUAUUGAUUCUAUCAAGUUACUAUCUUUUUAUGCUGUAGUCUUCUUGUGGUUGUUGUAA